AUGCAUCGUUUGUUAAAAACGUUGUCUGGUAUGCUAUUUAUUAUUGUAGCACUGAUUGCUAUUGCUCUUGGAUAUUUGAAGACAAAUUCAAAUAUACGAAACAGGGUAUUUGCCAGUUUGUGUAAUUCAUUAGCUAAUCCUAAUGAUACAAAAAUGAUGAAUUUACGUUGUGAUGAAAUAUUAGAUAAAUCUCGUAUUAAUGGUAAUGUCCUAGAAAUUGGUGCUGGUACAGGUAUCAAUCUUCAUUGUUUACAUAAUAAUACGAACAUCAAAAGUUGGAUUGCCAUUGAACCCAAUCCAUAUAUGAAGCAUUAUAUCGAUGGUUACAUCUCAAAAUUAAAUAUCAAAUUUCAAACGAAAGUGUUACAUAUAUCAGCUACAAAAAUGGUAGAUAUUCAAUCAGAUAGUAUUGAUACUGUUAUAAUGACACAUGUUCUAUGUAGCAUACCUGAUCCACUACCAAGAGAAGUUUUAUUGGAAGCUCAUCGUGUAUUGAAACCUGGUGGCAAAUUCUAUAUAAUGGAACAUACUAUUGCUGAUCGACAUGUGAAACCAAAUAUGAAUACUUUUCAGUUGCUAAUUGGUCCAUUGUGGAAAAUAAUUGGUGAUGGUUGUGAAUUUAAACCGAUAGCAAACUAUUUAGAUGAUAUGAAGCACGUGUACAAAUCUGUAACAUAUCAAAAAUUUCAAGCACCAAUUAAAUUAGUAAUUGCCAGAGAUCAUAUUAAGGGUGUUCUAAUUAAAUGA